UGAGCACGCACUCCUCCUUUUGAACACCGCUGAACUUUCAACCUCAGAGACUCAAGCAAGAUGAAUACAAACACCGCAACGCCUGCCUACCACCCGUCGGUGCAGUUUGUGCAAACAAGCGACAAGGACAAGGCGCGCUUUCACGACGUGAUCAAGGGCAGCGACACGGCCAUGCUCGUGACGCACUGCGGCGAAGGCGGCCCGAUUCGAGCCCGUCCGAUGGCGCUUGCGUCGCUCGAGGACAACUGCGAUACGUGGUUUGUCACGGACGGGUCGGAGGGCAAGGUUGCCGAGAUUCAGCAAUUCCCGGACGUCUGCGUGACCAUCCAGAAGGGCGCCACGUUUAUCAGCAUGAGCGGCCGAGCGUUCAUUCACCACGAACGCGAGAAAAUCCACGAGCUGUGGCGCGACUCGUGGAAGACGUACUUCCCAAAGGGCCGCGACUCGCCCGAGAUUGCCCUGAUCAAGAUCGAGCCGACCAUUGGCGAAAUGUGGGACAACUCUGGCGUCAAGGGCAUCAAGUUCAUGAUUGAGAUGGCCAAGGCGCGCAUGCAGCACCGCACGCCGGCCGACAUGGAUCACGCCAAGGUCGACCUGCACCACUCCAGCAUGCCGAUGAAGAUGUAGUCGGAGGCCGAUGCGCGGCUGGUGUUUUGGCGUUUGGAUGUUGUUUUUCGGUUACUUGUUUUUGUUUUUGGUUGCUCAGAAUUCAAUUUGUAAACAACAAAAGCAACGACAACGUCCUCGUCACAGUUCACUUGCCGUAGAAUGCUUGCACUGUUU